AUGAUGGCGACCUGCUGGCCGCUGCUGCUGCUGCUGAUCGUCGCCGUCGCAGAAUCGCAGAGUUCGCUCUUGAAGUCUGGAAUCGACAACGAUCUCACGACAGAAAGAAUCAUCAGCAGCGAGAUCGAGGGACUCGCAGGAUCGCAGGAGGACUUGGAGCGGCUGAAGACGCUCUUGCGGCAGGCCUCAAAUUCAUCGGGGUCGCAGAACGGCACGGUCACUGCGACCAGGCAAGGACCUUGCCAGUGCAGCGGCGGUGUCUGCGGAUGCUGCUCGAGGAUCCUGUACGAUAGGUGGAAUCAGAAGGCCUGCGUGAACAUCACGUAUGACCCGGACGAGUUCAGCUUCACAGCUAAUAUCACAAUGAACGAUCGGGUUCUCUACACGAGGACCGUGUCCGGUAAAAAUCCUCGACCGAUAUGCGUCCCCUUUCCAAGGAUACCAUUCAUCCGCGCGUGCGUUAGGUUCUACAAUAUAUAUUUCCAAGGCAGGAAUAUUCAUCUGUGUGUCAGUAUGGAGGGAAAGUUUCGGGAUACCACGCUGUUCAAGGUCAGUUUAGACUGUCUUAGAUUCGGUUCAAACGGAUUAGCGCUUUUGAAACCAGAGGAUGGAGGUGGUUUGGGUCAAGUCGAGCUUUUCCCAGAAGAUACGAACGACAACGACUACGACGAUUAUGACGAUGAAGAUGAUGAUGAUGAUGACGACGAUGACGACGACGAUGAUGAUAUAUUUUAG